GUCCGUAAGACGUUUUUCAGCCUGGCCUUCUGCGACUUCUGCCUCAAGUUCCUGUUCCACGGCUUCCGCUGCCAGACGUGCGGCUACAAAUUCCACCAGCAAUGCAGCAGCCGUGUGCCCAGCAUCUGCGUGGACCUGGACGCAGCCCACUGCCCGAUUUACAGCCACGACCCCUACCCCGAUGUGCAGGGGCAGGAUUCCCCCUCGGCCCGGCCCGGCCUGGCCCCCCUAACGCCGCAGCCCACCAGCUCCCACCAGCAGUGCCUGAACCCCGACGCCUUCAGCUUCCCGGACCCCCCCGGCGGGGGGCAGCCCCUCCAGCGCCACCGCUCCACCUCCACCCCCAACGUGCACAUGGUGAGCACGGCUGACCCCGGGGACGCCGCCGCCCGGCAGAUCGCAGCCAUGAGCUUCAUCACAGACG